AAUAAACUCUGAAGAGGAAAGAUAAACUGUGUAAACAGUUCAGCUAAAAAGAAAAUCGGCCUUUUGAUUAACCAAUCAAAGAAUUCUAUCAAUUGACCAAUCAAACGAAUACUUCGAAGCACCCGUAGUAUCAAAUGAACUAUCUUUGUUAAAACCAACAUGGCAAUACAUCGUAAAUAUUGACGUGACUUGUAAUGACAAGUUGUCACAUACAUGUAGAACACAUAGUAGAACAUGCUCGAAAAAGAAAUCAUAUGAAUUGUGUCGUCGUUAUUUGACGUAUAGAAAUUUCGUUCUAAUUUUUUGUUAGGAAUGUCAGGUGAAAUGUUAGGAUCGUCAGGUGAAAUGACAGCUCCUCCUUGAGAAUCCUUUGAAAAAUUCAGCAGCAAUCAUGAUUAUUACUCUCGAAAUUGGCAAAUAAACUGCCUUCUGCCUUCAGUACGAUGAUAUAAUGAAAACCAAUAAAAAUGUAAGUAAUGGUGGACUAUGGGGAGAGUUGCCAGCACGGGAAAUGCUUAAGCAAGAAGUAAUAACACCAGAUCUAAUCGAAAAUGUUUGGCGACAAGUACUUGAUGAUUCUAAUAAUACAGACUGUGAUUACCGAAUUGAUCAACAACCUGAAUAUUUACAAUUAUCAACAGGAAAUUUACAUGUAUUAAACACCAUAAAUUUUCACCAACAAUUACGUACAAUGGAAGAAGGGACUGUGCUUGGAAAUAUGACUGUCAUAGAGUCACAGGAUGUGAGAGACACACGAUCCAGAAAUCUGUUUCACUUCCUACCUUAUCAGUUAAACAGAAAUACAUUUAAAGAUAGUUCUACUAUACAUUUAACACCACAAACUGCACAAAAUUUGUUAAGGCAUACUGUGACUACUUUAUUAGCUCACAUAGGAUUUGAAAGUUCAUCAGAUAUAGCUAUAGAAACCCUUACCGAUGUUGCGAAUCACUUUCUGAGACGGAUGACUCUUCUAUUAAAAGUAGCAACUGAACAGAAGGACUGUGGAUUUCCUGAUGCUGUAGAGAGAGUGUUGCUGGAGACAGGCGUGGGAGGUGUAUCAGCGUUACACGAUUAUUAUCAGGAAUAUGUCUUGAAGUUCGAAGAGAAUAUGAAGAAGAAAGUCGAAGAAACGAUGGAAAGACAGAGGCAACUUGAACUUAAUGCUUGUAGUACUAAGAUGGUUCUAGAUGAAGCAGCUAGCAAAUUACAAUUUGACGAACUAGACGAGUUCGGUAACGUAUACCGGGAGGUCCCAACACUGCAGUUGCUCGAUCCUGAAAUGGGAUUCCCACCCAGUCUGGAUGCUGGCUUUCAAAUGCUCUAUAGCCUCGAACAGGACGAAUUGAAUAGCGUGGAAAUGAAAGAAGAGGUGAACGUGAGCGAUUCCCCGAGCAUGGGGCAACGGUCAGAUGCAUCCGUGGAUAAAAAAACGUUUUGACGUGUUCUAUAAAAUUAAUAUAAAUGGAAUUACAGUGUUUGAUUGUAACAUGCGUAAUCCGUGCGUAAUUUAUUAUCUCGAUGCUGAAAUAAAAAGUUCACAUUGGUCCUCUCAA